AUGUCCAAGAAAAGUGAUAUGACGAGACAAAGUGUGUUAGUUCAUCAAGUAGAUCCUAGCGAAUGUCCCUUCCGAGAGUUCCGAGAUAACGAAAUAUCACCGGAUUUCUGGGGAAUGGGACCAGCUGCGUUUCGAGCAAGUCAUUUUAUGAGUAAAACAGGCAAAUCAACAGCUGAAAUGAUUUGGGUCGACGACCAGACGCAACCUUUACCGAAAUCUGCGAGACAAUAUCUACACGGUUGGGUAAAGGCCGAGGAGCUGGCAAGUAGACGCUGGGAUGCUGAAGUGGUUGUGUUUGAGGAAGAUAAUGGUGGUAAAAUGACGAUUAUGGAUAUGCAGUUAAGUCACGCUCAGGUCCUCCUAAGGUCAUCGUUCUGCAGACGAGUACUAUCCAUAUGCUACAUGCUUGAACGAGUUGACGGCUUAAUUGUAGAACACCAAUGGGAGAAUUUCGUCUUCAACAUGACUCCUGAAGGAUGGCGAUCGCGCUACCACAUCUAUUCUCCGGGUAUGAAGCCUGGUGGCGGUCCGCAACACCGUCCGACUUUGUCAAAAAAUGGAUGUUACUUAGUUCGUCUCUUCUACCUCGGAGCAUGGCGCUGUGUCUGGGUCAGCGAUCAGGUUCCAGUGGACGCUACUGAUUCCCCACUUUUGCCUUUCUCCCCUCUACUAAGCCCUAAUCUCGCUAAAUCAGGGGUGAAGCAAGCAGCUACAGUCACCUCUAACGUGGUACAUCUAUGGCCUCUGUUGAUUUGUAAGGCGCUAUUGAAGCUGGCCGCGCCUGACAUGAAUUCAGACGAUACAGACUGUGAAGACGAAUUGAUGUCAGAAUUUGAUAUAGUGCACGCCUUAACUGGUGCUGUGAACUUGAUUUAUAAUUUUAAGGAUCCAGAAGUAAUUUGGGAACUUUUAACGUCUGAGGUCCCUGUGUUUUCAUGGGAUAACGACGAUGACACCGUCGCAAGUACAGUCAAGACAAGAAGUACGAAAAAACCUACAACGAAAGAAACGACGGUGGUCAGGCGUGGGUCAAUGACGUCUAUAAUAAUUAAGGAUACAAAGGAUUUCCCCCCAUACGCCCUUCCAGGGAUAACACCAGGUCAUGAGAUGGACUUACUGGUAAUAAUGGUCAGAGAUUUGCCAUUGAAGAAACCUCAACCUGAACCAAGUAUACCAUUAUGGAAAACGUACCGCUGGCUCGACUGGGCGCGACAGCACGGCUUGUACGAGGCUUACGACUGUCCACGGACAAGGUUCUUGAAACUAAACGGGCUCUUGAAACUCUCUUAUGCUCCUCAUUUAUUAGAUGUUCAAAGCACAGAAUCGAUAACUUUUCAAUUCAGAGAAGAGCAUGACAAGUUAAUUGUGCCGACUAAGAAGGCAGCAAAAGAUCUAAAUAGAUCGACGACAGCCAAUUCCACAGUAGCUCAGCAAAUAAAGGAGGAAUUACGAGAAUGGAUUCAGUUUAAUGCGAUACAAAAAGUAAUUAAAACUGUAAACAUUUUGUACUAUCCGUCAAUGUACUCUUUUACGUCAGUGGCAAGUAAUCCAAUGAUUAGAAUAACUAAGGCAGCUCCGAAUAAAGCUUUGGAUAUACAAGCGCCGAAAUUUGCACCACUUUAUCUACAACUAGAUGGACCUGACGAGAAUGUUCUAAGAAUAUCACUAAAUACACUUCAUCCAAGAGUGCUACUAAACUGUGGUGUACCGAUUAUCGACUAUGUUGAACCAGCUUAUUUAAUAUUUGAAGUUUUUGAAUGGUUCGUUGACUGUGAUUUACCAAAGACAAAGGCUUUUAUUGAGACUAGAGGAUAUGAUUCAGUUGAGUUGAAACUAUCACCUGGUAGACAUAUUUGCAGGAUAUGGGUACAUUCACGCAUGAACUGGCACGCAAUGUUACUCAGUGAGUCUUCACUUUUGCUUGGAAGACGAGAUGUAGUUCAAUGUGCUGCUGUAAAAGAGUGUCCUUGGGCAGCACGAUUUCUCUCAAAUCUUGGUUCUGCGUUCUCCAAUUGGAUAAGAGUAAAUAGAUCAACAAUGAAUAUAUCUGGAAGUGAUAAGGAGUUUUACAGGUCAUAUCAACCAGAUUUAGAAUGGAAUCCAGAAAUUGUUGGAUACAAUAAAUCCUUAUUGCACUGGAUGUUCAGACAAGCGUUACAAUCUUUGUUUUUUAAAAUACUUCUUCCCCCUGAGUUUCGAGCAGUUUGUACAGUUUUACGGAAAUAUUUUUGUGAUCCUGAUUUCGGAAUGCCAACAAAACCUUUACCUCCAAAAUCUUUACGAGAGAUUGAACUUUUAGACCCAUGUGAUUGUGCUCUGCCGGAAAUAGAAGAGAUUGAAAUAAAAGAAGACCAGUUAGAGGAACAAAUUAAAAAAGAAAAGGUUCUAAUAGAACCAGAAGUUAUAGAUAAACUACUUACACAACCAGAGCCUCCAAUUAUUUCUCGAGUUUGUGAACUAGCAACAGAAGAACUACCAUGUGAAUUAUUAAAAGCUGAAAGGGAGAAAGUAAUUAGAAAACACGAAGCUGCUACUGUCAUACAAGCGCAUUGGAGAGGCACGUGGGCUCGGAAGUGUUUAACUAAUCACGUUCCUAUUACCCCUGAAAUUUCUAAAGCUAUAAUGGAAUGCGCUUUCGGAAAUUUGGAAGCUUUAUCAGCGUUGAUGAAUGAAUUGUUUACAUUGUAUCCGGGAGCUAAAACCGCAUAUUCAGUUGCAUCAGCUCUUAGUGGUGUUUAUGGAAUCAACCAAUAUACCGGUAUAUCACCAAUUACGCCAAAAUGCAAGUGGAUCCCAUACUUUCAAGGAGUUUUCAAUUGUCAUGCUCCAGUCAAAGUUCACUUAGAUAUUCAUAGCUCUUUGCAACAUAGCAUAUUAUCUGUUUAUAAUAACGAUACUGGAGAACAGAUGCCUCAAGCUUACAAUGAGCACAUCACUUUUAGUUUUGAACCAAAUGAUUAUGGCUACACUGUGAUGGGACAUGGAUCUUUAAGUCAAGCUGCGGGGGUCAAUUCAGAAGUUCAUUGGCAAUUAACCGUUCUCUCGUCUAUUGCAAAUGUUUUUCAUAUUUGCGAUAACGAUACUGACCUUUGCAAGGAAUUGAAUUUAAUUCCAUCAAAUAAAUUGCAUAUUGACGAAAUCUUCAUACCAAAUAGAAGGAAUAUUCUUGGUGGAAUUCAAAUACUUGUAACGAAACUUGAGGCUGUCAGUUUCAGAGCGGCUGCAACGUCGCCCGAUUUGGAAAUGGAAGCUAUCCUUCGGACACUAUCUUCAGAUGGUCAAAUUGAUGAAAUAGCAAGAUGUUCCGGAACUGGAGAGUUGUACUGGCCUUAUAUCAAAUUGGAACCGACUCUCUCGACUUUGAAUUUAGCAGAUAAAAAACGUUCUGUGUCUCAAUCGAACUUGGCAACAGCGACUCGUGAAUCAGCGUUUUCAAGUGCUCGUUCGUUGAAAGGUCCAAAGCAAAAACAAUACGGUGUUGGUGGCAAGAGUAGAUCAACUACAAAGGUCAAGGACAUAAAAAUACAUCUAGCCCCAAAACAAUAUUAUAUUGAAGUUGUUGCACCGAACGGAUGGCCUCUGACAUUGGCCCAGUGGAAUAGAGUCGAUGAGAUCAGAAACUCUCUGGAGUGUAACAAAGUUGAGACGCCUGCCAAGAAACAAACGACUAAAGAAAAGGCAGGUUCAGCGAAAGAUAAAGAUAAAGAUAAAGCGUUUACCAUACCAAUCAAUCAACCACAACUAGGAGAUGCAUAUGUUGAACUAGAAUGCUCCCUAGCUGUAGGAGUUAACGCAGUACGUAAUGAUGAAAGGGAUCUUCAGUUUGCGGCAGCUAGAAAAGCUUGGGAUGCCAAUGAACCAGGCAGAAAUUUAAGAGGUGCACAGAUUAGAAAAGAAUUUAGAUCGGAAUACCUAGAAUCUUUACCUCUACAGCCCUCAGAAAGUUCUCAAACCAUUCCAGAAGAGAUUUAUGCUGGAGAAAUUUUAGGUGAAGAAAAAAAGGAGCUGCCUUCCGCAUUGCAACAAGGACCCACUCCAGCCACCGAAAGUGAACUUCUAGAAAUGUCAGUUGAAAGCGAAGAAGAAGCUAAAUAUCUAACGAUGCCUGAACAGUUGAGAGACAAAUUCAUACCAUUAUACUUCGUGCCUUUUUGCACAAAAGAGAUUGAUGAGGACAAAAGAAUUGUGGUAACUCCUGAAAUGAUAGAAGAUUUCAUGAAUAAACGCCAUAAGCAAAUAGACGAAGCUAUCAACCGUAUGCACGAACUACAAUUGUACAACGAAGAACACGUCCUUGGAAGACAGAAGGAUAGAUGUCAACUUCUCGAAAAACUAUUUGUUGACUCACAAUGGAAUCCAAAACUAAACAAAGUUUUUGAGCAACGUGAUGAUGCAAUAGCUCGUGAAGCACUUAACAGAACUCUGUCCGCCACAAAGAAGAAACAAGAAGGAAAGAAGAAAUAAGAGUGAAUGAAAAUAAAUGAGAAUAAAAUUUUGUUUUAAGUUAA